UUUUGAAUUAUUAUUCUUUGAUAAAAAUAAAAGUAUAAGUUCAGAAUAAACGAAUUUUUUUAUUUAUCGCGUUGAUUGGAGAUUUUUCAUUUCAACUUUCAUUUACUUGCUUGAUAUUUCGUCACUACCACUACCACCACGGUCUGAACACAAUUUGUUGCGUGAUUCAUUUUUCCUGUCAGUCCGCCGUGUGAAAUAACAAUCACGGUGUUAGUAUCGUUUGCGAGCGUGCGACUUCUCGCCCAUAGUUCGUCCAAAGGAAAAACUUACUUGUCGUUCGGUUAGCGCUCAUCCGCCGACUGUCAACUCAAGCUUUAUUUGUAGUUUUUAAAUACCAAUAAGAAAUUAACGAUAUUAUGACGAAGACGGACGUUUCUGCCACUGACAGUGUACGAACUUGGCCCGAUCGAAUGACGGCGUGGCAAAUCGACACUUACGCACCGUUUGAAGACUCGGCCGUGCUCAACGACAAGGCAGAGUUACCCGUGUCCCUCGGGCCUAAAGAAGUUUUGGUGCGUGUUAGAGCAUCGUCUGUCAAUCCCAUCGACGUGCUCAUGGCCGAGGGUUAUGGUCAAGUGCUAUUGAGCAGGAUCCGGCAGGCAAAAAAAAAAUCACUGUUCAGGCCCGUCGAGUUCCCGAUAACUUUGGGACGGGAUUUUGCUGGUGAAGUAGUUGCAAAAGGAGCCGAAGUCGGCUCGGAACUCCUAGCUAUCGGUGACGCCGUUUUGGGUGUCGUAGCUCCUUUCCAACACGGCUGUCACGCCCAGUUUGUCACAGUUCCUAUAACUCAGAUAGCCAGGAAGCCUGAUUACAUGUCCUACGAGGAAGCUGCGUGCUUGUUGUACACAGGCCUAACCACAUGGUGCGCCUUGACGUCGGCCGGCGGUCUUAAUGCUUCAAACGCUGCCGAUAAGAACGUACUGGUUAUUGGUGGAUCCGGCGGUGUCGGUAAUAGUGCGAUACAGAUACUCAAGUCGUGGGGCGCCAAGGUAACUACUACGUGUAGUACAAAUGCCAUAAAUUUAGUGAAAGAACUUGGACCAGAUAAUAUCAUUGAUUACACUACCGUAGAUGCACAAAAACAGUUAGAACAAUAUGGAAAGUACGACCUGAUUUUGGAUGCGGCCGGGAUACCAUAUGAAGAUAUCGGUGGCGCGUACACGCCGCUGUUGAAACCUUGGUCGUGGGCUACAUUCAUCACCCUCCGCAGUCCUGUGUUACAUAAUACGGACUCGUAUGGAGUGGUGUUCGGUAUGUUGAAGAACGCGUACGAUCUAGUUGUGCCGAACGUCUGUUCAGGUGCGGUGUUCAAAGGCUCCACGAUCCGAUGGGGAUUUUUUAUGCUCGCAGAGCGCGGCAUAGCGGAACUGGCCCAAUUAGCCGCUGAGAAGAAGAUAACUGUUCCAGUCGACAGCGUUUACGAGUUUGCCGACAUGAAAAAAGCGUUCGGUCGGGUAAAAGCCGGACACCUCCGCGGAAAGGUGGCCGUCAAGUUCGACGAAAAGUAACAGGAACGGCAGCGCUAACCUCGAUUUCAGAAUUUCAAGUGAACUGGAACGUUUAUAAUCAUACAUUUGGCUUGUUGGUGUAAAAUUCGUUAGCAUCUCCCUAAAAAUAUAUAUUUCCUGUAUAAAUUUAAAUAGUGAAGUUCUAAUUAAUUAUAUUUAUUUACUUUUAUACAUACUAUUAACAAUCGUGUAUUAUGUCCAAUAGGUACUUAAAUCCAAUAUUAAUAGGUACACACACUAAUAUGUAUUGUUAAAAGAAAAUAAUUUUAUAAAAAAUUGGCAAUUUGGUAGUCAGAAGCAGUAAAGUUUAUAAAAAAUUAAAUCAUACAUAAACAUUUAUAAAAAAAAAAAAUUAUCAUGGUUAACAAACUUGCCUAAUUUGUGUAUGUAAAAAAAAUAUAUUGUUCUAUAGUCUGAAAUUUAGUUUAGUAUAAAGUCAUGUACCUAUGUCAAUAUGUU